CAUAAACUUGGUAAAAAAAAUUAGGGUAAUAGCUCACAUUUAAAAAUUGAGCGUGUAGCUGGGAUCUUAACGGAAGGUUGGAGGGUGAGAGAGCUAACAAGAGUCAUUAGCAUCAAAGAUAUACUGAAUUCCAUUCGCUUCCAUUCCUUCAACCAAAAAACAUGAGUCAAUUUGUUCAAGCCGAUCUCAACUAGAAAGCAAGAAUUGAGUGCUUCAGACCCAAACAAUUAUCUGAAUCACAGCCGAAGCUGAAUCUGUCGUGGAAGAUCUGAACUUGCGCAGUGUCAAUCUGGAAUGCUUCAGCCAAGAUCUCAUUAGGGACAGAUGGUGAAGAUCCAAACAACGUUGUUGCAAUAGAUUGUGUACCAGGAUACUAGUGGUUGACUUCGCAGUAAGCGUAACACUUUGGAGUUGUUCAGUUCGUCAAAAUUCUCAGUGGUGAUUCUAAAAGUUAUUUCUUUAGGUUAGAAAGGUGUAUUGUUCAUCUGCUUGAUAUUUAUUGGUCACUGAAUACCAGAAGGUUCUGUCUGGAUUUUGAAUAUGAUUGACAUGGCAUGGAUUAGCGCCAUGUUACUUGGAGCAGGAUGCCUUGCUUUGGGUUAUAUUAUUGGUGUACGACAUUGUUCUUGCACUUUUCUUUCAAACAGAGCAUCUGGUGAUACUGAAACUAUAAAUGAUGGGAAAAAGAGAAAAGGGGUCAAGCAACCUCUUGAAGUAGAAAGGCUUGCUGAGAUCCUUGAAGAUUUUAAAAUGGUUUUGGUAGUCAGGAAUGACUUGAAGAUGGGGAAAGGGAAAAUAGCUGCACAAUGCAGUCACGCAACUUUAGGUCUCUACAAAAAGCUCCAUAAUAGGGCACCAAAAGCUUUAAAUAGAUGGGAGAUGUGUGGACAGGUGAAGGUGGUGGUGAAGAUUGAAAGUGAAGAUGAUAUGUUGGUUUUGCAAGAAAGAUCAAAAUCACUUAAUAUACCGACACACAUUACAAUUGAUGCUGGGAGAACCCAAAUUGCACCAAACUCGAGGACUGUGAUGGCUAUACUAGGACCGGCUGACAUGGUUGAUGAUGUAACUGGUGGAUUGAAACUUUUAUAGUCCUAAUGCUUUAAGGGCCUCUACAGUAGGGUACAAGAAUGAGAAAACAUUUUUGAAUUGAUGAUGAUGACGAAAAGAAUUGUUUUUAAGCUGUAUAACAUUUCUAUCAUGCAAUGCAAUUUUUAUGCUGAA